AUGGAUUAUAACAGUGUAGAUCUACAACUACAGAAUUAUUAUGACAGCACGGUGCCUUCAAUAAACAUAAAUGUGUCAGCAUCAUGGUACGAAACAGAUGACGACGAACUAGCGACAGAUCAAACGGAUGAAGUACCGGAUGCCAUAUCGUUCAUGUCUAUGGUUUGCAUAGGCAUCUUACUUUUCGUGUUAAUUUUUUUAUCAAUUGCUGGCAACAUCCUCGUAUGUCUAGCCAUAUAUACGGAACGAAGCCUCCGACGUAUUGGUAACUUGUUUCUGGCAUCGUUAGCAAUCGCGGAUCUGUUUGUGGCGGCAUUAGUGAUGACGUUUGCCGGCGUAAAUGAUAUACUUGGUUACUGGGUAUUCGGUGCCCAUUUUUGUGACACAUGGAUAGCCUUUGAUGUGAUGUGUUCUACUGCCUCUAUUUUAAAUUUAUGUGCCAUAUCACUGGAUCGAUAUAUUCACAUAAAGGAUCCUUUAAGAUACGGUCGUUGGGUAACAAGAAAGAUUGCCGUUGCGACAAUAAUAAUUAUUUGGCUAUUGGCCGCAUUUGUCUCCUUUGUGCCAAUUUCCUUUGGCCUCCACAGACCCGAUCAGCCGGUAAUUUAUUUGGAUAGCGGUAAAAAAUAUCCGACAUGUGCCCUGGAUUUAACGCCGACAUAUGCCGUCGUUUCGAGUUGUAUUAGUUUUUACGUACCUUGUAUAGUUAUGAUUGGAAUUUAUUGCAGGUUAUACUGUUAUGCACAGAAGCAUGUCAAGUCAAUACGUGCGGUAACGCGGCCUGGCGAGAUAACGGAGAAGCGUUAUCGCAGCAUGCGACGUCCCAAUGGCGGCAACAAAACCGCCAAGAAGCUCAAGAUGCGCAGUUUGCAGCAACAUUCGUCGCCGUAUCACGUGAGCGAUCACAAAGCUGCGAUCACCGUGGGAGUCAUCAUGGGAGUGUUUCUCGUGUGUUGGGUGCCCUUCUUUUGCGUCAACAUUGUAGCGGCAUUUUGCAAAACGUGCAUCGGCGGACAAACCUUCAAGAUUUUGUCGUGGCUCGGUUACUCAAAUUCCGGCCUGAAUCCCAUCAUUUAUUCCAUUUUCAACACGGAAUUCCGUGAGGCGUUUAAGCGAUUGCUCACAGCUCGCAGCACUUAUUGCUGCGGACAGGAAAUGGGUAACAUUUAUCCGAGAAGUAGUGAACGCUAUGUGACAGAUUACGCGGCAAAAAGUGUCGUUCUCAAUUCGGGACGAUCUUCCGCGGAUCUCGAACAAGUUUCAGCAAUCUGA